CUGAAUGCUCCUCCAGACAGCAGAGCACAGCUGGACCUGCUGACUGCAUAGGAGUCUGAGAGGCCUCUGUGGCCUUGAAAAUGUUCCUUCUGCAAAGGAUUUCCCUCCUUCCUCAAGGGAAAGAAGACACAUUGGUAUAAAACCCCGCUUCCCUCUGGCUUCCCUUGCUAAAUCCCACUCCAGCAGAGACUGAGUGUUGAUAAAUACAGGGGAAGGAAAAAAAAAAUCAACUCUAUCCUACUCUGCAGCUGAUGCACCCCUGGCCACCUCCUCAAAUCUGCUUGCUCACAAUCAAGGGACACGGGUGUAGCAGAUGCUGACUUCACCCAGGCUAUUCAGAGUUACGGAGCAAGAAGUAAUUAGAGAGUUAUGGGUCGGGUGCACAGACCUCCUCUUGGGCAGCACAGGCAUUGUGAGAGAUGUUUCAGCCGGCACUGCCGCAUUCCUGUGGAGCCCGAGGUCUCCUGCCUCGUGAUAAAUUGCCGUCUGCUCUGUGGUGCCACCUUCCACAUGUGCAAAGAGGAAGAGCAUGAGCUCCUCUGCCCUUUAGAACAGGUUCCGUGCCUCAACUCGGAAUAUGGCUGCCCCCUUUCUAUGUCCCGCCACAAGCUGGCCAAGCACCUGCAGGUGUGCCCUGCCAGCGUGGUCUGCUGCUCCAUGGAGUGGAACCGCUGGCCAAACGUGGACUCUGAAACACCCCUCCAUCAGAACAUCAUGAAAGAAACUCCUAGUGAGGAGUGUUUGGAUACAGCCCUGGCCCUCCAGGACCAGAGGGUCCUUUUCAGAUCUUUGAAAAUGGUAGAACUUUUCCCAGAAACUAGAGAGCCCACUGAACAGGAACCAACAAUGAAUGGGGAAGCCAGUUGGAAGGAAAUGGGGGGAGCCGUGGGUGGAAUGGGUGCUGGUUUGGUACCACAAGACUCUCUGUCAGCUACUAAUGGAGAGACGGCAGAUCUGAGCCAAGAAGAAAGAGAGGCAUUAGCCAAAACCAAAGAUGGGAUGGACCUGGCCAUGUUUGGCAAGUGGGAAAAUAUGUUCAGCAAAGAACAUGGAGCCUCUGCUUUAACCAAGUCAUCAGGGAGCUGUGAGAGUAAAAGCACGAAUGGUCCUGGGAACGAACAGAUUUCUAGCAGCAAUAACACGGUAGGAGAGGGUAAUGCCAGAGGGACAGAAACACAGGAAAACCAGCAGCAAGGGGAUCUUCAUGUAGCUGUAGAAACAACUGGCCUUGCCCCUUGGCAGGAUGGUGUUCUGGAAAGACUAAAAACAGCUGUGGAUGCCAAGGACUAUAACAUGUAUCUGGUGCACAAUGGAAGAAUGCUUAUUCACUUUGGUCAGAUGCCUGCUUGUACUCCUAAGGAGAGAGACUUCGUUUAUGGCAAUCUUGAGGCUCAGGAAGUUAAGACUGUGUAUACCUUCAAAGUUCCCGUGAGCUACUGUGGAAAGCGGGCUCGUGUUGGCGAUGCCAUGUUGAGCUGCAAGCCCAGUGAACACAAGGCAGUAGAUACUUCAGAUUUAGGGAUCACGGUGGAGGAGCUACCAAAAUCAGAUCUCAUCAAGACCACUCUUCUGUGUGCUCUGGAAAGAGAACUCAAAGGUCACGUCAUCUCCGAAUCCAGGAGCAUUGAUGGGCUCUUCAUGGAUUUUGCUACACAGACAUACAAUUUUGAACCAGAACAGUUUUCCUCGGGGACAGUGCUAGCUGACCUACCUACCGCCCAAGAUGGGGGGCUCCAUGUGGAGCUGCACAGUGAGUGUGUGACCAGGAGACACAACAAAAGCAGCUCUGCCUUCACUUUCACUUGCAACAAAUUCUUCAGGCGGGAUGAAUUCCCCCUACAUUUUAAGAAUGUCCACACAGACAUUCAGUCAUGUCUCAAUGGCUGGUUCCAACAUCGAUGCCCGCUUGCCUACUUGGGAUGUACAUUUAUUCAAAACCAUUUCCGUCCCCCAGGGCAAAAGGCAAAGCUGAUCUACAGUCAAGAGCUCCAGAGCUUUGCCAUCAAGCCAGAGGUUGCUUCAGAGCUCAGUGAGGGAAGGAAGAGCAACCAUCUCUCAGGCCCUGGAAGAAAAAACCAGAACUCUCUAACCAGCCUGCCCCUGGAGCUUUUGCAGUACAUUGCUGGGUUCUUGGACAGCGUCAGCCUCUCCCAGCUCUCCCAGGUAUCUGUGCUCAUGAGGAAUAUCUGUGCCACUUUGUUACAAGAGAGAGGAAUGGUCCUCCUCCAAUGGCAGAAGAAGAAGUAUUCCCAUGGAGGCACUUCCUGGAGAGUCCACAGAGAGAUCUGGCAGUUCAGCAGCCUCUUCUCCAAAGUCAAGAGCUGGGAGUUUAACGAAGUCGCCUCCAUGUCUGAGCACCUGAAAACCUGUCCUUUCAAUGUGGUAGAGCACAAGACUGAACCGGUUCUUUUGACCAGCAUGUGUCAACCCCGUGAGCAGUCCCGAGAGAGCUUAGUAGCCACAUUUCGGGCCAGACCUCAACGAAAACACCCCUUCUGAACACUCAGAGCCACCAUUCUUGGAUUCCCCUGCAGAGUUACUGAAAGCAGGAUUUUGAGGACUUCUCUCUGUAUGCUGCGUGUGCUUGCCUGGGUGUGCUGGAAUAUGCAAUGUUCUGUAAACCUGAGCAAUCUAACCAGUCUAUCCCAUGGCUUGUAUAAUUGCUUAGUGCCAUAUUGAUGAUUUCUUUGCUUUUUUGUCUUUUGUUUUCUAAAGUAAAUUAGCCUGAGGAGAAAAUAGGUAACUUGAGGCCAUUUGGGAGAUGAACAAGGCCUUAGGGGAUCAGAGAGCAACAAAAACAAUGACCAGCACUAGCCUGUGCUUUUUGUGAAGAGCUCUUUAGUUUUUACAAAGCACCUUUCAAAAUUGUGGGACAGACAAUGCAGGGACAGGGACUGAGGUGCCUCCCAGAGCACCCAAGAUGAAGGGUACGCAGUGUGUUCAGGACCUGGGGUUGUCUUGACAGUCAAGUCUGGGGCUUCUUUUAGUUACCCUACUACUUCUGAACCCAGACAGUACCAACUUCAUCCGACAAAUUGGAGACAUUUACUAGUCACAGAAGCCUCGAGGACACCACUGGCCAAAGGAUGAGAAGGCUAAAAUGAGGUCACAGAGUGUGAUAUGUAGAAUCAUGCCACACAGAGAAAAAAAGACCUUGAAAAAUAGAGUCCAAAGGAGACAAUAUAUUUACAGGAAAAUAUAGGACAAACGGCUUCACUUAAACAUCUUAAUAAUGGCCUAAGAAUCAAAGUUCUUUUCUUCUAAAAUUAUAAUCUAGAUCUAGAUGAGGGGCAGCAUAUACAUAGUCCAGCACCGCCCUAUACUAUCCGAAGUAACCUCAAGGCUUAAAACCAACUUCAGUGUCAUGCUAGAAUAUUCAGGAUAGCCAAGGACUAGACAUUUGGAAAAUCUCAAACAAGGCCAACACCAGUUCUUGUGGCACCAGUCACCAGGUCCUGGACACCAUUACCCAUGGGGGACCUUGGGAUGGAAGACAUGAGAGCAUAGCAGUUCUGUUACAGAGUAAUUUCCUUUAAAAGGGGGCGGUUUCAUGUUCCCUGGCCCACUAAUGAAGGGUGGGGCUGAGCAGAGAAAGACUUAGAGAAAGAGACUUAGAGGAGGCAGAGACAAGUGAAGAAGGUGCAUUUGCUUCUCGGAUCUGGGGGACGUGGAGGGAGACAUGUGGAGUUGAGAGACUUGCAGAGACUCUUGGAAGAAAUGAGAGACCUGGGUGGAGGCUGACAAUGGCAGCCACUGGCUUGAUUUGUAUUCUAAUUUUGCUCACUUUGUCCCAAAGUUGUCUGGCCCCAUCAGCCCUUUUCCUGUGGUUCCAGCUAGAAGGUGCCUUACACCUUUGACAAGUUUUGAGGCCUCAGUAGCUUCACAUUGGGCCCACCCUGUUUGGCUGAGCAUUUACCCACAAGGGGACAGGUAACUUGGUAUGUUUUAUGAGAAAACUACUACCCUUUCUUCUCUCUCUAUGCACACUAUCCUAUUAAAGUUCUU